AUGCCCCAGGCGGACAAGCUGCCUGGCCCACCCAAGCGGGAGAGAGGACAAAAUCCCGAACGGGCCAAUUCUCCUCCCCGAGGACGAAUAACCAUGAUACUUGGCCCACCAGAGGACUGCGCCGACUCCGUCCGCGCACUAAAGAAGAGGGCGCGUCAAGUUUCCAGCCUUCAGGCAGCCCCGAGCGAACCUCCACUCUGCUUGGACCCCAUAUCAUUUACAUCGGAAGACGCCAAGGGAAUCCAACACCCCCAUUCGGAUCCUUUGGUCAUCGAAGUCUCCAUGGGCGAUUUCGACGUCAAACGAGUUUUGGUCGACACGGGAAGUAUCGUCAAUGUAAUAUGCUGGCAAACGCUAGAAAAAAUUGGUGUCACACCAGAACAACUGAAACCCGAGUCUCGAACAUUGACGGACUAUGAUGGGGUCGCCAAUCUUUCAAUGGGCGACGUAAAGCUGUAA